UGUGAACAUUCCAGGACAGAACUCGAGUUGUGAAUCCCAUCAUAGAUGUAAUAAACAUGGACAACUUUGAGUACAUUGGAACCUCAGCUGAUCUCAAAGGGGGAUUUGAUUGGAACCUGGUUUUUAAGUGGGAUUACAUGACUUCAGAGGAAAGAAACAAACGAGCAGGAAAUCCAAUUCAACCAAUCAGGACUCCCAUGAUUGCUGGUGGAUUGUUCAGUAUCGAGAAAAAGUGGUUUGAAGAACUUGGAAAGUAUGACAAGAACAUGGAUGUAUGGGGUGGAGAAAAUCUAGAAAUCUCAUUUAGAGUUUGGCAGUGUCACGGAUCCCUUGAAAUCAUCCCCUGUAGUAGAGUGGGUCAUGUCUUCAGGAAACAGCACCCCUACACAUUCCCCGGGGGUAGUGGAAAUGUUUUUGCACGCAACACCAGGAGAGCUGCUGAGGUCUGGAUGGACAAUUAUAAGGAGUUCUAUUAUGCUGCUGUUCCGUCCACUAAAAUGGUCAACUUCGGAGAUAUCUCAGAGCGAGUUGAGCUGAGGAAAAAAUUGAGUUGCAAACCCUUUAAAUGGUUCCUAGAAAAUGUUUACCCAGAACUCAAGGUGCCUGGCCACCAGGAUCAGGCCUUUGGCAGCAUUCAACAAGACAACAACUGUAUGGAUACACUGGGCAACUUUGCUGAUGGGAACCUGGGAAUAUUUCCUUGUCACUUUGCUGGUGGAAAUCAGGUCAAUGAAAAUCAGGAGUUUUCUCUGACAAAGGAGGGCUUUAUACGUCACCUUGACCUUUGUGUGACCUUGACUGGCAGUAUGCCAGGGACUGUUGUCAAACUGUUCCAAUGUCAGGAGGGCAAUACUCUGCAGAUCUGGGAGAGAAUCAACAGUGAUACCAUGUUAAAAAGUCAUAAUUAUGACCUGUGUAUAGAUAGUCAGGAGGUCCAGAUGAAGGGACUGAUUGUGAAUGCUUGUCAGCCAGGGUCAACAUCACAAAAGUGGAGCUUUGCCAUCAGCAAAGGGGGAUAACUCUCCCCACCAAAGGGCAUUAACUCCUCAGGUCUAUCAACAAAGAGGAAUAACUCUAGUCAUCCAUCUCUUCACUACAGCUGACAAUCAAAGAUUGUGAAAAAGAAAACCAUUAUUUUAUGGUUUUUAUUUAUUUUACACCUUCAUUUCUUAUAAAAAGAUUGGUAUGUUUAAUUAGAGUGAUUAGGUCUUUAUGAUUUUGAAUUGUUGAAGAAGUUGUUUACAUAUUUUGAUUUUUUGUGUUCUUAAGAUAAUUUAUGAAAUUUUAAGAUUUAUUUAAUGUUGUAUGUGGUUUGACUUUAAGUCAGCUUAAGUGUGAUUAAAUUGUGUUUAUAAACAAUUAUCAUUCCAGUUUAAUUGCUGUAGGUUGUAAAAUGUUUGUUUCUUAUGCAUGCUUACAUUUAUAUUGACAAUGCAUGACAUUAUAUUGAAUGUUUUUGUGAUACAUGUAUACCUUUAUACAUACAGCUUUAUCAUCAUCAAACCAAUAUCUGAUCUGUUUAGAGAUCAAAACCAUUAGACGUAUAUAAAAGUCAUUGAAUUCCAUUUUUUCUGCAAAUGUAUAUUGGGUUUAAUUUAACAUCUGAUCUUGUAGAGCUAUUUUUAGCAUUCAUUGACCUUCAUUAAUUUUUUUGCAUGCUUUAAAUCAUUCUUCAAAGUAAGUAAACACAUAAUAAAUAUGUUGGAAUUUUACACAAAUUUUGAAACAACAAGUCUUGUAAUUUAGAGAAUUUUCUCCUAUACAAAUAGUCAAUGCAUUGACAUUCUUUGUCCAAUUAAAUGUACUUAAUAAGUUUUUUGUUUCUUGGUCAAUUUGUAAUUAAUCCUAAUGACACCAUUAAUCAUAUAUAAUUACAUUGAUUCAUUUUUUUAAAUGCAUUAAUACAUUUCAGACAUACAAUAUAUAUUGCAGCAAUCAAUUAUUCACAAAACAUAUCUAGAUCAACUAAAAUGUCAAAUGAAUUUUCAAAUGAUUGUGGAAUUUUUUUUGGCCGAUUUCUACCUGCCAGGGAAUAUUAUAUAUUUUAUGAAAUAAAGUCAAUGGUAAAGUUUGUAAGUAUAUAAUCUUUUGCAUUAUCAUGCAUUUUUAUAUUGCAUGGAGAUAUGGGGAUUGUUGAAUUAGAGAGAGUGCUUUAAUUACUGUGUGAUAGUUUUAAUUACACCACCCCAACACCUACACUAGUGUGCCAAAUUCAACAUCAAAAUAGCUGCUUUGUUUUGAACAGAGGAAAUUCAAACGAAAAUUGAUAUCUUUCCUUGAGGAGCUCUCCUGUGCUCCAUCACAUGAUGAUGUAUCAGGAGCCUGGAUUCAGUCCGCAUCUCUUAACUACCCACCAGUCUUCCACAUUUGUUUUCUCACUGAGUCAAGGAGUCAAAGGUCUGCUUUAAUCUCUAGUAAUUUACAUAGUAUAUCAAAAUAUCUGAUUCUGUUAAUGUUUUUAUAAAGUAUCAAAUAGAAAAGAAAAAUUAAAGGCUUAUAUAUGGAAUAUAUGGAAUUUUAGAAAAAAGUUUAAUGUAAGUUUGAUUCACAAAUGCAUUCAAGAUUUUUUUUAAAGUUUUGUUUUCAAGGAUUACUUAAAUACAUUAGUUAAUGGGUAUUUAUAAUAGGAAAGGCCUUACAUAGUUAAUUGAAAUGGCCUUACUUUUUCUGCAUUACCUACAGGUUUCACUGAGGAUUAAGAAAGACUUGAGUUGGUUUAUUAGUUUCUUCUUGUGUACAUGUUGAAAGUUAUCCCAUGGUUAAAUUUUCAUGUACUUAAAAUGUGCCCAGUUUAAUUUUAAAGCUUAUCAAUUUGGUACUUACAUCUGUUUUACUUUAAGUAUGCAAUGGUGUUACAACCAAACUGCUUCAGUCAUUUUAUGAGCUUCCAUUCAUGUAAGUUUGUGUAGUUUAUAUUUAGUUUUUAAAUUUUCAUCUUUGUUAGUUGUUAUAUAAUGUGAUUUUAUGUGAUAAUUUUCAAUUUGCAAUUGUUUAGUAAUUAUACUUUAAAGAGAUGUUUUUGAGAUUUUUGAAUAUGUUUCAAAAAAGUGCACAUGUUUUUGUGAAUGAAUUAGUGGAUAUAUCUAGGGCUGGACAAUAUCUGGAAAUAUUGAUUCUGUGUAUCAGAAUGAUAUGCGUUUUAAUACCGUAAUCUUAAUCCGACCUAAGGCUAAUGUACAGAAGAAAGUGUAUCAUCCCAGCCUUAGAUAUACCUAAUGAUUUCUUCCUUACUUGUUUCUAAUUUCAUUUUGGUUUAUCACUGGGAAGUCAUCAUGUAUUUAUUGAUUAUUACUUGUUUUUUAGGAGACUUUUUAUUUUAUUUAAAAAAAAACAUGACAUGAACAUUAGUUUAUUGAAAUGAAUUUUUCCGAAAAUUGUGUUAACAUGGCAUAAAUUCUCUUAUUUCAUUAACUGUUAAUUUAUACAUCAAAUAUUGAGUAAUACGUAUAAAAACAUGGCUUUAUCUGAAAUAUAAAUCAUAAUUUAACUGUACAAUGAUCUCUAUGAUUAAGAUACAAUCUUAUGUAGCAGUUGGUAAUGGCUCCCCAUUUCUUAGAUAUGGAAAACAGUUUACUGUUAAUAAUAAAGCUCGGCUUUCAA